AUGUUUAAUGACUUAGAAUUGUUACAUAGGGCAUUUUUGACAAUGCAGUUUGCAUUUGCACUUCUAACUUUAGCUGCAGAAAAUAACGACUGCCAAAACUUCAAUGUUGCUACUUGUAGUAAAAAAAGAAUCUUUAUAAUUGAUAUAAUCUCCUCAAUGAUAUGUGCUCUAAUUAAAGUAUUCAGAAAAAAAGAAAUUCCUAUUAGGAAAAUAUCACAAAAUUUAAUGGAAUCAAAAGAGGAUGAAUUAAUUUAUUGGAAAAAUCGAAUUAAAUAUUUAACUGAAUAUUAUGAAGCCCAUUAUUUUAAAAACAACAAUAACUAUGAUGAAGAAUUGAAUAUAUAUUACAAGGAUAUAUUAAAUGAUUUAAUAAUGUUUACAUUUUAUAUAACAUCAUUACUUUUAAUUAUUUUGUGGAGGAGGGACCAACGUACAUAUUAUAGUACCAAAGUAGUAGAAAGUUUUAUAACGAAACCUAAAUGGAAUAAAGUAAAUAUUAAAUUAAAUCAAAUAUUAUGGCAAGAUGAUUUUUAUUAUUGGAUAAAUGAGACUUUCAUUAAACAUUUCAAUGAUGGUCGUUAUCAUAAUGGUGAGCGAAUUAAAGAUACCGGAUGGAUUACUGAAGGUACAGCUAAAAUACUUGGUGUAGUUAGAUUAAAUCAACAUAGAAUUGUACCGAAUUCGUGUAAUAAAAAUUUUUUCGAUAUAAGAAAUUGUGAAUUUGAAAAAUUAUUGAAUCCAUGGAAAUUUGAUUGUAGCGGAAUGGAAUUUCCUAUUUAUGGUGAUUUGGUACGUUAUAGCAGCUGCGGUUAUAUAGCAGAACUUGGAAGAAAUUUAAAGAAUAGUUACCAUAUAUUAAAAUUUUUAAAAAACAAUAAUUGGAUUGAUCAUCGAACUGCAGUUAUUUUUAUUGAAUUUAAUUUAUAUGAUGUUAAUUCAAAUAUAUUUAUAAUUGUAACAAUAAUUGCGGAAAAAACUCCUUAUGGUAAUUAUAUUAUAAGCCAAGAAAUUAAUUCUUUGAAAUUAUUAUUAAUUUUAGAAAACUUGGAUACAAUAACAGUUAGAUUUUUUAAAGCAGCUUAUUUUCAAAUCUAUUUAACAGGAUUCUCUGCAUUUCUCGUUUGUUUGGCUACAAUACGUAUCUGGAAAGUUUUGCAAUUUGCAAUUUUGUUUAGAAUAUUUACGAAAACAUUAUUCAAUGCUUUUUCUAGUUUAUUAUCAGCUUCAAUUAUCAUAUUAAUAUUUUUAAUUAGUUUUUGUCUAUGUUGUACUAUGAUUAAUGGUCAAUACACAAAAAAUUUUUCAUCUAUAGAUUUUUCUUUGUCAUCAUUGAUCGCUAUUUGUGCAGGAUUCGCCGAACUUGCAAAUUUAAAAGAUUUAUCUCAUGGAGGACACUUAAUUGGAGUACUCUUAUACAUUGUUUUAACUAUUGUUGUAUUGAUUUACCUUAUUAACAUGUUUAUUAUAGUUUUAUGUUUUUACUUCUCUGUGGAAAGAGAACAUAAUAAUGAUAAUUAUUCCAAGAAAUACAAAACAUUAAAAAGGUUGUCUAAAUCACAAUCGGAAUAUAUCAAGUUAUAUAUUCAAUUUAAACAAAACAAGUUCGUUAAUAAAUGA